CCCGAAGCAGACAGAGCACUCGACUGCAGUUGCGCCAGUGUUGCUGGCUGGUGUAAGGGUGCGUGUGUAGUAAUAGUGCAUCGGGACAUUCCAAACAUUGCAAAUUAUCGAUCCAACUCGAGUGUUAAGAGGUGCAACGAUGGUGAUUACCAAAGAGAGCCUAUCGGAUAUUCGGGAGGAGUUCGAGAAAGCUCACAAGAAAAUCGACGAAGACAGUAAAAACGAUCCCCCGACGGAGCCGUUCCGGUCGCACUAUGCAGCCAAGGAUAUUCUGCAGACCGUUCAGCGAAAGCUUAAAGAUCUAGGCGAAAUGUUUGACGUUGGAUCAGAGGCUGCCCUUACGGUUCGCUGUAUUCUAGCUAAUGUGCUCAAGGAUAUUGGCAGGAUUUCAAUUUUCACUGAAGAACUGAGUAACGGGGAACUGGCAUUAAAGGAAGCAUUUCAAUUAGUUCAUGAUGAUGCUGACAAACCCCAGGCGGUAAAUGGAUUCAUUGAAGUGCUUAAUCAAUUGGGCAUACUGUACUGCAAUUGGGGUAAUUUUGAAGAAUCCAAACGUCAUCUAGAUCAGGCCAAGGAAGCGUAUGAAACGGCCAAGCAGAAUGAAACUGUCCCUUUGACUAUAUCGGAUCUUUUCGGAACGAAAGAUGAAAUCGAGAAAGGAAAGGGACUACAACUGCUGGAAAAGAAUCACACCCUAACUCUGUACUAUUUGGCUCAAGUUUAUGGAUAUUUGGAGGAUCUAACCCGUUCCGCUCAUUUUUGUCACCUAACAUUGAAACGUCAGCUGGAUUACAACGACUACGAGCAUGUGGACUGGGCACUGAAUGCGGCCACAUUGUCACAAUAUUACUUUCCAAAAAAUCAUCUAAGUCAAGCUAGGCACUUGCUAGCAGCUGCUUCCUACAUGCUGGACCGAUUCGAAGAAGAGGUUAUUCCGAAAGAAAUCAAUCCAACAGUCAAAGCUGAAAAGAUAGAAUCGCACCGCCAUCGAUCGGCGGAUAUUGCCCGCUGUUGGGCUAAGUAUGGAUUACACAUUUUGAACGCCUCAAAGGAACGCUUGUGUAGAGAUGACGACGAGGACACCGGGAGUCGGCAACAGCCAAAAGAGAUGUUAAGCCCGAUCAGAGAGAUCGAUCGCUUUAUCGGGUUAGAUGGUCUUUCUGUGUACGAAGAUCAAAUUUCAGAUGAGUUCUGCCUGACGCUUGAGGAUGCUAAGUUAGUCAUGCUGAACAGUUUAAGCUGGCUGAACAAGGCAAAAGAUUAUUACACUAAGGAAACGGAGGCCUCGCAGUAUGCUAAAAUUGUCCAAGAUGUUGCCUCGCUGUACAAACAGCUGGCAUUUUUCGAUGACAAUGAAGAUAACCAGUGUAAAUUGUAUAAAAGAAGUGCUGAUCAGUUAGAAGAAUUAGAUCAAACUCUUAAUGCGACGUACUAUCAAAUCAUUUGCAGAGAGAUUUGGUACGAGUUGGGCCUUACCUAUUCGAAAAUGCUAGACGUGAAACUAACCAAGCUGGAAACGUUGGCAGCGGAUGAAAGACCGGCCCCACAUGCGCUUAACAAAAUAAACAAACUGUGCGAGAAAAGUAUCUCCAAAUUUCAGAAAUUCCUCGAUUCGUACAAGAUAUUGGCGGAUACACUGGAAAUCCCCCCGGGCAUUGACGAAUCCGAGCUGCAGCCCAUUCUGUUUGCCUUCUUCCAUAUCGGCCGGCUGUACUACAAGGUGAUCACACCGGACAAACGGUUACAGCUGACCAAUGUGAAGAACAGCUUCCGGUACUAUCAUCAUUUCGUUAAACACUGCGAGCAGUUUGAAGCGGUCGGGGCUCACUUCAAGGCGGAGAUGGGAGUUUGCAAAGAGAUGAACGCACUACUUCCGUUGAAGAUUAAGAAACUGAUGAAUGAGCUCAAUGAAUGAAUUUUAACAGGCGACAGGAGAUUGAAGUCAGUUUCAUGUAGCUAUUGCAUGUAACGUAGCUGUCGUGAUUAGUGCUAGAGGACAACUGCGGAGUGAUAAAUAAAAAGAUUGCAUUAAA